AUGGCCGGCUAUCACGAUUCAGGAGCGUGGAGAGGUUCUAAUGUGAAGCUGGAAGCUGUAGACAUCAUGGACGUUGAUGAAGAAAAUACUCAGAAAGCUCAGCCGGAUCCGCCAAUCAGUCACUCUAAACCGGGGGACACAAAUACGGCCAGCGAACUAGGUGCAAAGACUAAAGGCCGUGUCAGGACAGUGAAGAUAUCACAUUUGAUAGAGGCUGGCUUGCUAUCUGAAGGUACACAAGUUAUUUGUAGAGGCUAUCGCGCUUCGGUAACUGCUCGUGGAACAUUAGCACCAAUAAUUCCCAAUUCAGGUGCAGAAUUACCAAGUUGGAUCACGAGAGAGUGUAAAAGUCCGCAUGCUUUCGAUUCGGUCGUAAACAGGCUAGGUAAGCCUGGUAAGAAAGUUUCGGCGAACGGUUGGAAAUCGAUCAAAGUGCCGGUAGUCUGUGAACCCGGUUUCAAUGACUUUGUAAAUUUGCAAGACACGUCGAAUAAGAAGGGCAUACUUGGUGCUACCGUCAAUGGUGAGCUCUUGAUUCCCCUUGAUGCAUAUAGAAUAAUAUAUGAGAAACACGUUGAAGAUGGUUGGACUUCUUUAGACGGACCUAUUAAGUUUGAUCGAUCAAUGCUUAUUGCUACUUGUUAUUCGGAUCAUGGAGUGGGAAGUGAUAGAAAGACGAAAGUAAAUGAUGAGAGUACUCGUCUCACUGGGUACGCAUCUUUAUCCAAACUGAAGUCACAAGUAACCACCAAUGAAUUACACAAUGGAGGGGUCAAUCGAAGGACUGCGAGAACGAUGUCUCUUGAGACGGGAAUAUCACUUCAUACGGUGAGGACUAAGAAUAGGCAAGAAAGAAUUAAUAAUAGAUCGUAUGACUCUACUUCGCAUAAAAGGUACGCUCAACAGCCGAUAUCAUUACGAAGACAUUCAUCUCCUGCGGCAACUUCCAGACCUGAACCGCGUAGACAACGGACGAAGACAGUCUCCGAUCAAUCAGACGAAGGAUCUAUUGAUUAUGAUAUUGUUAGAAGAAGACGCAAGAAGAUAAAAAGAGCUGUUGUAUUAGCUUCAUUGGAUGAUAACCAAAUCCGGGUGACUGAACAGUUUCAAUCUGUCAAAGUGGUUCAAGUUUCUCCCUUUAUCACCCUUGAAACUGUUCCUAUAGUGAUACAACACGAUUCUGGCAUUCUCUUUUCUGACGUAUGCUUUGGAUGUGGUGGUAUUUCGAAUCAAGGUGAUCCGGCUGAUCAGAUGGUACAUUGCAUUCAUUGUGGCGAAGCGUAUCAUUGGUACUGUGGUAUUGAAAGUAGCUAUGGGACAAAUACACGACACACCAUAGACUCGUCUGGUUGGGAGUGUCCAAGAUGUAAAGUAUGCCUCAAAUGUCGACAGCCAAUUGCCCAGUUAUCACCUUGUUUGAAUCCACUUAAUCAGCAUCGUGGAUUGUCUUAUCGCGAUCGGUUACCAUCUCAUACGAUACUCGAGUGUUCUGAAUGUGGGUUGACCUUGCAUUGUGAAUGCCAAAAGCAGAACGAACCUUUUGUCGACUUGUCAAUUCAAGAGAACAAAGGAAUAUGGAAGUGUGAGAGUUGUAGGAGAUGUCUAGAAUGUGAAUCAAAUUCCGCAAUAAGGCAAUCGAGUCCGGACGAUGGCGCAUCUGAUCAUUUUCGCCGAUGGACCCACGAAUAUCGGCUAUGUUCCAGCUGUUCUUAUUUCGAAGCAUGUGGGAACGUGUGCUAUUUGUGUCGUAAAUUGUAUCGUAGUGACGACUAUGAUACCCCAAUGGUCAAAUGCGAUGGAUGUUUGUGUUGGAUACACCAGGAAUGUGAUCACCGAUUAGCAGCUAUAGAUUAUGAGGCACUUGGUGAUGAUGAGAAUCAGAAGUACUUCUGUCCUUUGUGUGUAGAAGAGUCAAAGAACAAGAGUAAAAGGAAACACCGAAUACGCGAUCAAAGAGACAUUCCGGCCGUGAAAGUGUGUUGUUCUGAUUAUAGCACGGCAAACGUUCUUUCACAGUCUGAAAUCCGGAAGACUGGGCUGACGAGUGAAUUACCAUCAGACAAGGAAGCAGCAGAACUAUUACUAGCAAUUGGAGGAUAUCUUAAUAAUAAUAACCUAAACGAGUCAAUCAAUCAAGAGACACCGCAUAUUAAUAAUAUAUCAAUAAACCAGUUAGCACAGUAUAAUGGAAGUAAGUUGAUAAAUCAGCAAGCGCUAUAUAUUGAUGGCGAGUCAGUGAGUCAGCAAGAACAGUGUACUAAUGAUGAGUCAAUGAAUCAGCUAACGCAGUAUGCUGGAAAUGACAUGCUGAUUGAAGAAAUAUCAGCUACACAAGUUCAUGGAACUCAAUAUUCUGAUGCAGUAAUGCAAUCGACAAAUCAAAUGGCUAUAGACCAACUAUGUCAUCGAAAUGGAUAUGCGCGGCCAAUACUUUCUGCUUCUCAUUUAUUAACUCCAACUGUUGAUCCACCUUGUGUAUUUUGCAGUCCUGCUCAAGCAAUACUUGGUAUUUACGGGUCGGGCAGGUUGAUUCCCUUUUGGAUGGAUGAUGGUGACAAUCCACAGUCUAGUAUUCAAUAUUGGGCGCACGUUCUUUGUUUAUUAUAUUCAAAGAACGUCAUGAUAGACCUACUAGAUGGAGGAUUAAUCAAUGUACAGAAAGUGAUCAGGGAAUCAAGGAACAAGAACUGCGACAUAUGCAGACAGCCAUUUGCUACUGUCGAAUGUCAUAAUGCUUGGCCUGGAUCAACAAAAGACUGCGCCAAUAAAACGUGGCAUUUUUCGUGUAUAAUAGCAUAUACAUCGUCAGCAGACAACGGAUCACGUAGAUUCAUAUUUAAACAAGAAAAAUGGGAGGUAUUCUGUGAAGAGCAUUACGACAACCAUUCAGAAAUGAAUUAUAAUACAAGAAUAGGUGAUGAUGCAAUAUUACAAAGAUUUUAUGUGCGGAAAGAAGGAAAAUCAUACAAUUGCGAUUCCCAAUUAUUAGCACUACCUAGACAUUAUAAUAUAUUCGGAAGUUUUAAUCCACAAAAAAUACCGGGAACCUAUCGAUUUGGUGCACUUAUAAUACGCUCGAUAGGUGAAUUUUCUUCUGAUGGACUAUCAUUAUUCGACUCAUCUUUUGAACAUCCAAUACCUUGUGGAUUUCACAUCGAGCGACGAUAUAUGGACCCAAUCACCGGAAAGAAAUACAAAAUCGAUUGUCAAGUAAUUGCAUCUGAUGGCACGUGUUUUAAUCUGCGACACGAAACGCGCAGUUUGACCGAAUUUGAGGAAAAGACUGAGGUGAUAGUGCGUUAUGAUAAACCAGAAUCAGCAUUGUAUGGAUGGAAAGUAGCAAUAAUGGAAUAUGACAACAGUCAGGACAUAACGAAUCCUUUAGGAAGAUAUAAAUUGGUUGAUUUAUCUCAACAGUCUUCAAUGAAAGAUGUAAUCAAUUGGUUGGUCUCUCACUACCCUGCUCCAAGUCGCAGUGAAAACAAAAAGCUCAAAUAUUAUCUAAUGCAUCCACAUGCUUUCUUUGGCCUAAAUCACUCAAUUAUUGUGCGUUUUUUGCAAUGCCUACCUAAUUAUUAUGUAUCGGUCAAAACAAUGCGUGAAUGGAGAACAGGUAAUGUAUUCGGCGGUGACGAUGAUAACUCCAAUAAUGACUAUGACUGCACUUAUGUCUCAGCACGUACAGAAUCACGAUCAAAGAAGACUAUGCGUCGGAUAAGAAGAGUUGGAGCAUGUUGUCAUCUGCAGAUUAUUGAAAAAGAGGACAACAGCUAUGAUGUGAUCAUAGAUCGUCAAAGAGCAAAUAAUAACCGUCUUCUGACUUCUCGACUGAUUAUGAAUAAAAUGGAUGCAAUGAUAUUAGAAGAACAAUAUUACUCUAUGAAAAAGACAGAAGCACGAGAUACUACAAUUGAGUCCAUUAGAUGCAGAGAGCAAGAUGGUGAUACGGCUGCCAUUCGCCGUAGGGCAUCAGGCGGCGUGCCUACGCACACUGUCACAGUUAACAAGACUGAGAGAAUAAAACAUCCGCCAACAGAAUUUGGUGUAUUUGCGCAGAAGUCAUUUGAGAAGGAUGAUAUGAUUCUAGAGUAUACAGGAAUGGUGAUGAAUACGGUCAAUGCUCGACUAUUAGAGAGUACAUAUGCUCGUCAACAGAGAUCAUGCUAUAUGAUGUGGGGAGAUGCGGGUUGGGUGAUUGAUGCAAGUAGACGCGGAGGGAAAGCACGCUUUGUCAGCUCAGUCGAUAAUGGUCAAGGAAACACAUAUGCAAUGUCCUUCAAAAUAGGAUCAAAACGAAAAAUAGCCUUAUUCGCAGCAAGACAUAUCGAUGCUCAUGAGCAGAUUACAUUUAGAUACGCAAUAUCAUCGGAGACUGAAGCUGUUAUUAGAAAUUGA